CUGCUAAAGCUGAAACUGAAGGGCUGCAGGGUCACCGACGAGCUUGAAGAGCUACUUCCUGAGGCUGUCGUAGAGGAAGCAGUAGAGGCCGAACCAGAGACAGAGGAGGUGCUCGAGGACUGCGCUCCAACAUAAGCGACGAGCGCUAUGAGAAGGAGCAAAGCGCUGUGGAAUGUCCGCAUGAGAGGAGGCCGUUUGUGGAGGUGGAAGAGAUGAGAUGGUGAAUCGCAACGGCGCGUGAUCGACAGUAGCUUCUUGUCUCUUGGAGAGGGCACGUAAAGGGUGCUUCUGGGUUGAUAGUGGAUUUGAGUUGCGGUAACUAUUGGAAGGAUGAUGAGAGACACCGGUCGGGAGGAGGACCGAUUGUGACGUCGCGGACUACCCGGAUGAAUAAUUCCGAUCGAUCUCGCUUCCAGAGCCUCACGCGCCUUGUGGCCAGAAGCCUGCCUCCCUGCCUGCCUGCCUACUCUGCCCUCGUCCCACCCGCUCAACAUGUCAAGCCAGUCCCACAUACGGACUCCGCUUCUCUACAGUCCUUUGCUGUCGCAGAAGACGGGUGGACACAAUGUAUACCUCAAGCUGGAGUCGUUCCAGCCCUCGGGCUCUUUCAAGAUCCGCGGCGUGGGCCGGUCUGUUCAAGCAGCCCACGCGAAGAUAGGCGCCAAACUUCGAGUGAUCACCUCCAGCGGCGGGAACGCAGGCCUAGCAGCGAGCACUGCUUCCAGGAUCAUUGGCGUUCCAUGCACCGUCUACUGUCCUGAGACGACACCUGACCACAUGGUCGAGCUUUUCAAAGCAGAGGGCGCCACCGUGGUGCGGCAGGGCAAAGCCUGGGACGAUGCGAACGCAAUGGCAGAAGCAGCUGUCGCCGAGGAUCCUGACAACGCGGUGCUAGUCCACCCUUUCGCCGGCGAAGAGCUAGUCAAAGGCAACGCCACAUUGAUGGAGGAGGUCUACGAGCAGCUACGCAGUGAGCAUGGGCUUGAGCCAGAGACGGAACUCGAUCUUGUCAGCUGUGUGGUCGGUGGAGGUGGCCUGAUCAACGGGGUCUUGACCGGCAUCUUGGGCCAGGAAAGAAAGAGUCAGUCGAUCUCAUCGAGCCCAUCAACCUUCCGCAGACCGACCGUGAUCGCAACUCAGUGUUUUGGCGCCGACGCCUUCAGCCGGUCCUGGCUCCAGCACGAGCUCGUAACACUGCCAGCAAUCAGCUCAAGAGCGACCUCAAUGGGUGCAAAGCAAUGCUCCGCCGCUGCCCUUGCCACCGCAGAAGAGUACGGUCGCGAACGAUUGAUCUCUCUGGUCACGGAUGAUGGACUGGCUGCCUCCUGUAGCUUCCAAUUUGCUCAAGACCACCUCUUGCUAGUCGAAGUGUCUUGUGGGGCUGGCCUAGUACCGGCGUACUAUUCGGAUCGGCUGCCAAUGCUACUCCAGGGCUCUGGAGACCGUAAGAAGAACAUUGUCAUCAUCGUGUGCGGAGGUCGGAAGGACCGGAUUCAGGACAUCUUCGCGUACGGGGAGGAAGUGGCUACGGCCCGGUCUCUGCCGAUGGACCUGAACGGCAAACGCGUCUAAGGCGGCAGGAGAGUGCGAUGGCUCAAUUGCCACGUACGCACACCGCGCAUCGCACUCAGGCACCAACGUCGUGCUGGCAAUGACGCCUGAGCACUGUUGGUUCUCUAUCGCUUCUCCUCUGACCAUCGCCACCAUCGCUCCAUGCCCCUCGAAGUGUACAUCUCC